AUGAUGAUCGAAACAAGCACAACGACAGUACCUUCCUCCUCCAACGCAAGUACAUCCACAGCAUCACCAACCACUGCAUCAACAUCUUGCUGUUCCGCUGCAGCUGCAGCAAUCAUUCUCAAAACAAGUAAUAGAAGUCAACAUGAAGCGCUUUUGGGAACCUCUCCCGAGCAAUAUGAAACAUUCCUUGAUGAAACUUUAUUGUCUGCUUCUGCAUCCUCGUCGACUCGUCAACAAAUCAACUCUGUGGCAACUGACAAUUCUGGUAAAAAUUUACUUGUGGAACAAUUUCAACACUAUCAAGCAAGUGAUGAUGAAUAUUCAUUGAGUGUGCAAUUAUUCCUAGAUUCACCAGUGGUGGUUCAUGGUAGUCAUUCAUCAUGCUCUGCAAAUGACCUUGUAGUAUUAUCGGCAGUCCUGAACACACUUCAAGAAUUGAAGAGAGCUCACGUCGACAUGUUACUCAUCAAAGCUUCUUCACCACAACAAGUAUUGAAUUAUUGGUCCGAUGUCGAAUUGUUAGUGGAGAAUGGACUUGUAAAACAAGUUGGUGUGUGUGAUUUUAGUGUGGAUGAAUUGCAAUCGUUUAUGUCAUCCAGUCAAAUCAAAAUUCAACCACAAAUCGUGCAAGUGAAUUUAGCAUCGUAUGAAUCAUUAGAGUCAUUGAAUGACAUGACACAAUUCUGUUCCUCGAGAGAUAUCAAAGUCUUGACGGGAUCGAGAGGAAGUUUGAAUGAUUUUAGAAAAGCAGGUUCCCGAGUAUUGGGCUCUUCACAAGUUUCACUUGACUAUGUAGUAAGAUAUUCACUUGUAUCAAAGCCAACAUCUGUGGUGAAAGAUAUGGGAUUUAUUGUCAAGGUCGAUGGAAAUGAGAAAUGUCAAUGCAUUUCAGGACAAUGUUUGUAA